UUUUUCAGAGGUGUUCUGGGCGUGGCACUGGAUACUUGUCUUUAUCUAUGCUGAAUACAGUGGUGGCACUACCACUUUUUGGAUGACUCGUCUCAAACUUCCAAUUUUUUUUUCAAUAAUUUUCUUGUGUUUAAAAUAGUAUAUUUUGAAUGUCCCUGUAGAUUUUGUUUUUCUCCGAUAGAAACUAAAUUUUGGGUCAGGGUCCGAAGUCCAACAAUUGGUUCAAAGUAUACAUUAUUUUUAAUUUGUUUUCCGAUUUCGACUUAUCGCCGUAUAAAUUUCAUUUAUUUCGCGAAUACUGCAAAGGGAAAGGUCGAACUUUAGUGGCAAAAAUGUUUCGUGUGGCUAGGAAUUUGAUCCAGCAACAAGUGAAAUCCGAAAACAUCACAAUAAGAUGUUUGAAAACGACCCCAACAGCAGCCGCCCAUCCUGCCGUAGCAGAGAAACCUAAAGUCAAACCCACUCAGGAGGAGAACUUAUCCUUCGUAAUGAAUCUGUUCAAGGGUCAAGUGGAACAUCGCCAGGUUUUCCCUUACCCUAGUGCUCUUAAUGAAGAACAGAGAGAAACUCUACAGAUGCUGGUCGAUCCAACAGAGAAGUUCUUCAAUGAAGUAAACAACCCUGCUAAAAAUGAGGCGUUGGAGACUGUGGAGGAGAAAACCUUAGCGGGACUCUGGGAAUUGGGGGCCUUCUCCUUGCAGGUCCCUCAGGAGAUGGGUGGACUCGGCUUAACCAAUACUCAGUACGCAAGGCUUGUUGAAAUCGUCGGUGCUAACGAUUUGGGAGUGGGCAUCACCCUGGGAGCCCAUCAAUCUAUUGGCUUCAAAGGCAUUCUUUUAUAUGGCACUCCAGAGCAAAAGCAGAAAUAUCUUCCCAGAGUAGCCAGUGGCACUUGGGCAGCCUUUUGCUUGACUGAACCGUCUUCUGGAUCUGAUGCGGGCUCAAUUAAGACAAGGGCCGAGUUGUCUUCGGAUGGAAAACAUUAUAUUUUAAAUGGCGCAAAAAUUUGGAUCAGUAACGGCGGAUUAGCCGAGGUCAUGACUGUGUUUGCUCAAACACCAGUACAGGAUCCGAAGACAGGAAAAACUGUUGACAAAGUCACAGCUUUCAUUGUGGAGCGGUCCUUUGGUGGCGUAACUAAUGGCCCUCCAGAGAAGAAGAUGGGCAUCAAAUGCUCCAAUACAGCGGAGGUCUACUACGAUAAUGUAAAAAUUCCAAUCGAAAACGUUCUUGGAGGCGUUGGAAAUGGGUUCAAAGUCGCUAUGAACAUCUUGAACAAUGGGCGAUUUGGAAUGGCAGCUGCCUUAUCGGGUACCAUGAAAACUUGCGUCAAAAAGUCUGUAGAAUUUGCAAAUCAGCGAAAGCAGUUCGGAAAAGUCAUCACCAACUUUGGGGCUAUUCAGGAGAAAAUCGCGAGAAUGGCUAUGCUGCACUAUGUCACUGAAUCAAUGGCUUAUAUGAUUUCUGGAAAUAUGGACAAGGGGUCGCAACACUACCAUCUGGAAGCUGCCAUUUCAAAGUGUUUUGCCUCCGAAGCUGCUUGGUAUGUAUGUGAUGAAGCAAUCCAGAUAAUGGGCGGCAUGGGUUUCAUGAAAGAAACGGGCUUAGAAAAAGUAAUGAGAGACUUGAGAAUAUUCAGGAUCUUUGAAGGAACCAAUGAUAUUCUCCGACUGUUUGUAGCAUUAACAGGGAUCCAGUAUGCAGGCGCACAUUUGAAAGAACUGCAAAACGCUUUCAAGAAUCCCACAGCUAACCUCGGUUUAAUAUUCGAGGAAGCUUCGAAAAGAGUGGUGAGAAGUGUGGGAUUGGGAUCACCACCAUCAAUGGAACCUUAUGUACACAAAGACCUGACCCAAGCUGCUUCGGAGCUGGCAGUCAGUGUCGAUUCCUUUGGUCAAGCCAUUGAAAUGGUGCUCAUCAAGUAUGGCAAAAGCAUCGUGGAUGAACAGUUCAUAUUGAACAGAAUUGCCAAUUCGGUUUUUGAUAUUUAUGGCAGUGUUGUUGUGCUGAGCAGAGCCAGUGCAGCUCUUAAAGAGGGAGUUGAUACUGCUCAACAUCAAAAAUUGUUGGCUGAAGCCUGGACACUGGAGGCUUCCCAAAGAGUCGCUGCGAAUCUUAAAUCUAUUGCCAAUGGCAAGAAUUUAGAUAACUUCACCAAGAUGAGCUCUAUUGCGAAGAAUAUCUGCAAAGCAGAAGGAAUCGUGCAACAAAAUCCUCUAAAAUUAUAAAAAGUACAACUAUUACUUUUAAAGUAUUGUCUAAUUGUAUAUAUUAUUGUAAAUUAAGUCUUCUAUAUAGUAUAGUAUUAAGUAUCGCUUUUGGUUCCAAGCGAAUUUCAAAUUGAUCGUUACUGCACUUUGUACCUUUUCAAGGAUUGAUUCGAAAUAUAUUUUUUUGUAGUGCUUUUUA